AUGAACUCGCUAUUUAAUUCUGCUCUCAAGCAGUCGUCCUCGAUCCGCCGGGACCUGGACACUUUCUCACAGUCUCCUGCCACCUCCUCACCCGCAUUACAAGGCCAGCUUGCUGCCUCUCUGGCAUCAUUGUCCCGCACAGUCGAUGACUAUUCAGCUCUCUCCAAGAAGGAACUGAUCCCCGAAAAACAACAAAAAGCCUUCGACCGAAUCAAGAACUUCCGCGAUGAGCUCGCAGACUACCGAACACAAUUCGACCGACUUCGCAAAGAGCGCGAGGAUGCACAAUCGGUGACCAACCGCAACGAACUGCUCGGCCGUCGACCACACCACGCCGCAACACCCGAGAACCCCUACGCGCAGUCCUCCCUUCCACAAACCACUUCAGCAUUCGCACCUACAUCGUCAGGCCUUAGCUUCGGCGCCGGCCCGUCAGAAUACAACCGCGAAACAAACGCUCUCCGCGAACAGUCCUUUUUCUCCAACACAAACACUCAGUUAGACGACUUCCUCGAUCGAGGUCGUGCCGUCCUGGCUGACCUGGGCCAGCAGCGAGAGGUAUUAAAGGGCACACAACGCCGGCUAUAUAGUGUCGCAAACACGCUGGGCGUAAGCGGAGACACAAUUCGAAUGGUGGAGCGACGUGCUCGGCAGGAUAAGUGGAUUUUCUGGGGUGGAGUGGUUGUCUUCUUUUUGUUCUGCUGGCUCGUGCUGCACUUUUUGCGUUGA